CCUAGCUCCGUUCGUCAUCUUCAGACCGCCAUGGCCGCCCUUCACGACGAAAUCCUCGCUUUGCGCCGCCUCCUCGUUGCGGUCAACGGCGAUGACGACCCCGGUAUCAGUCACGCCGUCGAGCUCACGCAGAUCAACAACAUCGUGCAUCGCCGUCGCCUCUUGCAGGAGGUUUUGGACGAGGAACCGCCGCAGGAGACGCCCUUGGCGGUAUACUUCGCGCGUCCGGACGCCGUCAUGCACAUGAAGACUCUGUGCACCGCCUAUUUCUGCAUACAGUCUCUCUGCGAGAUUGCCCGCGAUCUUCGUCGGCCCAAACUCUGCCCCUUCGACAAUUCCUUCUUCCUGUCUGCCUUCGCCUGGAUCGACUUCCUUCUUCCUUUUGGCGACGUCAGCGACUUGCCGGUCCCGACACCGGACACCCGCCUCGUGAGGAUGCAGUUGACCACACGCGCGCUCGCCUUCAUGAGCACUUUCGCCCAUCGUAGUCCUCGCGAGCGCGUCAUCGCUUUGAUACUCGACAGCAGGCAACGGAUAACAUCAGCGAUUGUCAACUGUUGGAGCCGUUGGAGGAACGUCUACGAUCUCGCUAGCAGUGAAGGGUCAGAGGCGCCCAUAGGUUUCUGCGUCACUCUGCUACCACUCUACCUGGAGAUCGUCAUGAACGACGAGACAGCGCGUGCCAUCAUCAUAUCCGACAUCCGUCGGGUCUGCGGUCGCAAGCCUCGAGCUUUCUUCAGCCGCUGUACGCGCUACAUCCACGAGCUCGCCGUCACCUUCCUAUAUCGAGAGGCGUCCGUAUGCAUGCCCACGUUCCUCUUCGGCGUGGGCACUCUACUUUCCGUGCCUAACUUUGGCCCUGUGGGUUCAUCCUCCGACAGAUUGACAGAGGCGGUCUGGAAGACGAUGAGCUUUAACCUCGACCAAGGACGUCCUGACUUGUGGCGCCCAUCGUGGGGUGUCGUCGGACCGUUAUGUCUUCGCAGCCCACAUGUCCUUUCUCACCUCGUUAGCUACGGCCUGUUCUGCUCCCUCGUGCGUCUACGUAUAGCGGACCCGCGGAUCCAUUCUCUCGCUGCCGUGCUCGGCGGGAUUCCUCAGGCAUUGGACUCGGUCCGCGCCGUGAAUGGGUUCUAUGCGACAAUUGAGAACUUCAAGGCCGCCAAUCCCGCCAUACAAUUCACUUCUCGCGAGCAGGGGAUUAUAGGCCGCUUCGAGCAACAAUGGCAACUGCUACGCGAAGCUUCGAAAACAUGGGAUCUAUGCUAUACGUGCUGCUCGGCAAAGUGUCCUAAUGCCGGCACCCCAGAUCCAAAGCUGCUGUCAUGCUCAUGUGGCGAAGCCCUUUACUGCUCAAAAUCCUGUCAGCGAUCACACUGGGAUCACGAGCACAGGAUAAGUUGUCCAAGCGAGAACGUCGAUAAACACGGCGUCCUAUCCGCGAAGGCGGUACACCGAUUUACCGUGGAAGCCAAAGCCUGUUUUAAGGGGCUCUACGCGUCGAUCCCUCCCGCGGCUCGCAGUGCUACCGGCCGUCCGCUACAUGCCAGAUUGAAUGUGGGCGACUUGUCUCUCGAAUUAGUCGGCACUUCGUCCGAGAUCUAUCCGGACAUCGAGAAGCUCGCGGUCGUGAUAGACUAUGUCUUCAUGCAGGAAGAGCGCGAGUGUGUCCGCCGGAUGUAUUUUGUACCAGAGGCAUGGGCAGGUCGCGUCCGUCCGAGGUAUCGUCCGUUAACGCAAGCCUUUAUCAAUAUUCCCGUCCCAAACGCACCCACGACGUUGUCGAACUUGGCGCUCCGCGAGCGGUUGUUUGGGAGGGCAGUUAGGUCUUGAAGCGUCACUUUACUUCGCUAUUUGAUGCCACUACGACCUCGUACCGUGAUUCCGUGAAACUGCUAGUCCUUUGCGCCUGUGUGUCGUGACCACUGGACAUUGAUUUGCUUGAAGCGCCUCAAUUUACGAGCGCGCAGAAAUGAUCUGACGCCUCUACUUCGCGACAUAGUUGAUUCGCCGGGUUCAAAGAUACCUGCACUGCGGAUGAUCAUGGUCAGUUGCCUAGGUCAAUCGUCCGCUGGCUGAAGACGAGGGGGGAGUGUUUGAAGGGGUUCAAGGCGUAGUCCGCGAGCGGGAAGACGAACCGGCUCUCACGAGCCAUGGGGAUGCGGAUAC